CAUAAGAUUAGAAAUGAAACUUUCUUUAGUUGAAUUAAUCUUUACUUUUAUGGAAAUUUAGUGGGGGGUCUUAUAAUUAUGAGACACCCUGUACCAAACCAAUUGAAAAAUCCUCCAAAUAAUCGAAUUUGGUAGAUAUUUAAAAAAUUAAAUAUAUCAUUUUAUGUAUAUUAUAGAGAAAUUUUUCGUAAAAUAUUGAUAUACAUGUGCGAAAAACUAUGUCUUUUUUAUUUAUUCUCUUUAAUAUUUAUCAUUGAUAAAAUGAAAAAAAAAAUGUUUUUUCUUUUUAUUUUAUUGUAUUGAUACAAUAUUUAUGUUUCCAUAUAAAAAUCGAAUAUUUUCAUAUAUUUCUUAAUGUCAUUGAGUUGAUUAAACAACCACAAUACGUUCUAGUUUGUAGAAAGGGAACAAUUAUCUAAAUAAACCAAUUAAAGAAAAGAUAUGAAAAUUAAUUGAUUAAUUGUUAAUUAAUUGCGACAUCUUUUGAAUGAAAUUUUAUUUUAAUUCGUUAAAUAAAAUUUUCAAGAAAAAUAAAUUUUAAAUAAAAUUCUACAUUUAGAUUAUAUUGACAAUGAUGUUUGAACAUUUGGCUGCAUUUUUUGUUGAUAAAUCUUUGAAAAAUUCACCAAGAUUAUUAAAAAUAAAUCCUAUUUAUGGAAUUAGUCAAAAUAAAAAUGUUCAUUUAAAAGUGAUGAAAAUAUCACGUAUACGAGAUGUUUAUGAUAAUAUUGUUAAAUCUAAUGAUGUUGAUCAUGAAAAUUCUAAACGAUUAGAAGAAGCAAUAGAAAAAGUAUCAUCUUCAAAUGAUAAACAUGGAUUUGAAGGCGAAGAAAAAAUGAAUGUUAUUAAAAAAUUACCAUUAAAAUCUGAAUCGAAUCAAGAAUUAAGUUAUAUUUCACGAUUUAUUAUGGAAAAUAUUAUUGAUUAUCUUAAAUUUCUUGGUCGAUUUAAUAUUCAAUUUUUCCAAACAAUAGGACCAUCAAUUAAUAAAUAUGUCAAUAUUAUACUUUUAUUUAUGCAUGAUGAAAGUCAUUUAGGUAAUCCUCAUUUACGUGCUACAUUAGCUGAAGCACUUGAAACUAUUCUACCCCCAAAACAACAUGGCAAUAGUCGAACAUUAAAUAGUUCAUUUGCUGAAACUAUUUUUAAAGAACAUUCAUUAAUAGAACAUUUACUACGUGUACUUCUUCAUGUAUUUAAACUUGCUUCACAUGCUGAACGAUAUAUUGAUGAUGCUGAAGCUUUACUUUUUUUACAUUUUAUUAAUUUACUUAUGAAUGGUGCAAAUUAUUUAUCAGAUGAAGCAUUAUCACAUAUGACAACAUUAAAAGCAAAAUAA